CAAGUCUGGAGUCUAGACGCGGUUGAGGAAGAUUCGGGUAGGUCCGUGAAUCGGUCAACGAUCUGGCCCAACAAGGAAGGAAUCAUCGUUGUCUUCUUCACACGAUGUUACAUUUAUGUUUUUUAACCCUCCUCCGACUGUGCCAGAGUAACGGGAUUCGCUGCCGAACUUCUUAUCUCGAGAGUGAUAACGUACACAGUAACAGAACGUUUUGUUACCAUGAAUAAUUCUACGUUUGUCCUCGAUAAUGGUGCUUAUACAGCGAAAGUAGGGUUAGCUUCUGAGAAUAACCCGAAAGUGGUGCCGAAUUGUAUAAUGAAAGCGAAGAGCGAACGACGAAGACCUUUCGUAGGGAAUCAGAUCGAAGAAUGCCGGGACGCAUCUGGACUAUUUUACAUGUUACCCUUCCAGAAAGGAUAUCUUGUCAAUUGGGACGUCCAGAAAACAGUCUGGGAUUACAUAUUUUCGAAGGAAUGCUGUCUCGUAAACUUAAAUCGAUUAUCUAUAAUCGUGACUGAACCUCUGUUUAAUUUCUCAACCAUCCAAGAGGCUAUAACAGAAAUAUUUUUCGAGGAAUACGAAUGCCAGAGACUUUUAAGAAUCAACCCUUCUACCUUAUCCUGUUAUCAAUAUAAGACAGAGAAUCCUAAUGCAAAGUGCUGUAUCGUAGUCGACAGUGGUUAUAGUUUUACACACAUAGUACCUUAUAUAAAUGAUAUAAAAAUUAAAGAGGGUAUCAGACGGAUAGACGUGGGCGGAAAACUUCUCACGAAUCAUCUUAAAGAAAUUAUAUCCUACCGUCAGCUGCAUGUCAUGGACGAGACUUACGUAAUAAAUCAGGUGAAAGAGGAUUCUUGCUUUGUAUCUCAGGAUUUUUACAAGGAUAUGGAAACUGCCAAAAAUAAAUUAGAAAAUAAUCCUAUAGUCAAAGAUUACGUUUUACCGGAUUAUACAACGUUAAGACGCGGCUAUUUAAAAAAUCCGGAACCUCCUAACGAGCAGCAGACACUACGCUUGAGUAAUGAAAGAUUCGCUAUACCUGAAAUUUUGUUCUUUCCCUCGGAUGUCGGCAUUCGUCAAAUGGGCAUACCGGAAGCAAUCAUGGAUUGCCUAAAAGCAUGCGACGAGGAAACGUGGCCACAUCUCUUGUCAAAUAUCAUUCUGACUGGGGGUAACGCGAAGUUUCCCGGGUUCCAAGAAAGAAUUUAUAAGGAAGUCAGAAGCUUAGCACCUGCAGAAUAUACGAUAAACGUGCAUUCACCCGAAAACCCGAUCACGUACGCAUGGCAUGGUGGCAAGACACUUUCGAAAGAUCCAAUAUUUUCGUCUCUAUUAGUAACUAGGGAAGAUUAUGAAGAAGAGGGUCAAAACCUUUGUUUCGAACGGUUCGAUGUUUAACGUUAAUAAAUUUUUUUAUCGAAUAACUUA